ACUCGUCCUUGCGUUAGCGUUUGCCUGGUGUUGGGGGAACGGUGGUCCACAAACCUAAUUCCAAACCAACUUCAACGCUUCCGAGUCGGAAAAAACGUCCUCUUCCGGUCCCGCCCUUUGCGGUGAAGGAGGCGGGACUUCCGGCCCCACUUUUUCCCCUGACGGCGCUUUGUUUUCGAUGCGGGAAGUUCAAACUGCUACCUCGUAGUUUUGUUUUGUUCUUUCCUUUUGGUUCUCCGGCUCGCCGCUGCUGCCCCAGCCGUCCGGACUUGAACCGGCAUCUCAAUCCAAACACUUCUUGUGUCCAUGUCCUUCCGCAGAUGAGAUUACUUUCUUUCAUCAAGAAAUACCACUCGGUAGUUAACAUUUGCUGAAGUAACCGCGGGGAAGCAGUCGCAAACGGUACAGUUCCUGCCAUUUGGGCAAAAUAGAGGUCAGUCAGAGGCCUUGAUUGCUCUCUCGAUGUGGAAAACAACUUCGCAGCCCAGAACUGCCUGGUCCCAGUGAUACAUUUGUGAAUGGGACAGGUGAGGUCCACUCUGUUUGAGUUUCUAUCCUGGUGGAAGAAAACAAAGGCAAAUAAUUUUGAUACUGAUAAAGCCUAUGAGGACAAGAGUCUGUCUGAAGUGUGGCAUACCCAAGCGUCGAAAUGGCCGCGGAAGUCCUAAUGGUACUUUAUGAAGAUGACUCGGUCCAAGUGCAAUAUGCCGAUGGUUCCAGACUGCAGCUCUCUCCUUGUGGCUCGGAAUUUCUAUUUGAAAAGGCACCUCCUCUUUCAACACAUCCUUUAGAACAACCAGAGAGAAUUCGCCAACGGACACACUUUGUCAUUAGUACCUACCGCGAGCAACUACAGCGAGCCCUAGAUUUUCGAAACUCUUCAGCUACAUCCCCUUUUUUAUCUGAAAGCCUCAUACCUCCUGAAAGAAAAAAGCAUAUCUUCAUUGAUUUCUCAGAAGUAAAAUGGCCCAGUCUUGAUAGAGAUGACAGCAUCACAUAUUUGGAGAGUGGCGCUGUGAAGAUAACAUCACUAGAUGGACACGCAUACCUGUGCCUACCCAGAUCUCAGCAUGAAUUUACAGUGCAUUUUUUGUGUAAAGUGAGCCAGAAGCCAGACUUGCCUGUAAUACUCGCUGAAACAAGUAACCAGGUCCCAAAAGAUAAACGAGUUGGAAAGAUGAGCAAAGUCUGCACCAUUGGAAGUUUAUCAGGACAAGGAUUACAGAAUAAAGAAAACGAACUUCAUAGCCAGAUCUUGAAAUCUAAAGCCUCAGCGAACCUGUGUUGUGUGGAUGGAACCGAAGGGAGGGAGGAGCCGCCUUCCUCAAGCAUGAGGCACAGAUGUGUGUACGCCUGGGUGAAGCAAUGCUGGUCUGUCGCCGCCUGUCCAGAGCAGUGGAAAUACCCUUUGUCUUUAGCCCUUGGUUUUUAUAACAAAGUUAGUGUUGUGUCUAAAACUGAUGCAGGUUUCCCUGCAAGUGGAAUUGUAGCCUCUGACACUCCAGAAGAAGGCAGAGAAGAGGUUUCUGUCCUUCCCAGGGCCUUGUUACUGAGCUGCCCUGCCCCACACAUGCACAGGUGGAACUUCUGUGAUUCACUUUUACAGAGACAGUCUGAUGAAGAGUAUUCCUAUCCUGAGCUUGUGAAGGUGGUGUGGUACAAGGGUAUUACAUACAGGCUUACUCAUAAAAAUGAAAACUUGAUAGAGAUCUAUCCUGGAGAUGGAUCAGUUUUCAAGUCAGAAGGAGCUUAUUUUGGUAAAUAUUUUACAUAUUAUUCGAGUCGAGAAGAAUCAGAAAAGAGAGAAGAGAAAACUUAUUCCGUAAAUAACCUUCCUCCAGACAGACCAGGAAGUCUCUUCUCUGUACGUUCUUUGAUUAAACAGGCAGCCAGAAUUCUUCAACAUUGUGCCAAGACAAGGCUUUCACUGAGCCACAACUAUCACUUCUGCUGCUGGAAAAUGGUACCUGGAAUAAAUGUUAACAAUACCCUGCCCGUGCUUCUGAAAGAAUCGCUCAUACCCAGUGUGGGGAGAUUUCUUGCCUACUCUGAUGACAAAGUUCACGCUGUCUUUUUAGAUGGCGUCACUCUAACGCUGAAUUGGAAUUUCAGCUCCUCUGCUGAAAAAAGACCAAUAAAUCAAGGUCUCAACUUGGGUUGGUGCAGAUUAACUUUUCCUGAUGGACAGGAUCAGUUCAUUCAAACUGAGCAUCCUGGAACAUAUGAAAGAUACGUGACAUCCGUAACAUCAUGGUGCAGAAGACUGACCCAAACUAGUCCAAGUCAGGUGCCCGAACAUCUGUCACCUGUUCUCAAAGAAAAUUGGUCUGUUGCUUCUGAGCUCGAGAAAAUACAGAAAUUUAACUGGCUCCUGGAAAACAGUGGUGUCCUCCACUUGGCUUCUAACAAGAAAAACGAACAGUGUUCUGAUGACUGUGCACCAGGCUCUUCAGAAGCCUUGCUAGAAGCAACUAAUAAAGAGAGUGUAUUGGCAGCAUUGAAAAGAACUUCUGAAAUCCUGCAGGAUAUUGACUCUCUCUUGUCAAACUCUAGAAAGUGACAGAUUUAUUUAUUACAACACUAAAUCUUAAGGAUAUUUCAAAGUCCUAGCAUGAAAUUGCUAGUAACCCAAGGAACUGUAAAUGUUACUUCUGCAGAAUUUGCAGAACUGAUUUAACUUUGCAUUUUACCUAACUUGUAAAUUUUAGUGUGUGUGUAUGUAUGUAUAUAUAUACAUUUUUUAA